GCAAAGUAUAAGCAAUCGCUUUAUUUUGAUCACAUCCUUCAAAGUUUGUUGUCGUAUCAAAUUAUUUUUUGGAUUUUGAAUGAAAAGAGUUUUGAAAAAUUUUCUGUUGAAAGCCAACCCCUUUCAGAAAGGACGCAAAUGGACCGAAAAAGUCAAAAUUUGGAGUUUACACAAAAGUUGAGUGCGAAAUCAGAAGAAUGUCUGGAGAGGCGUUCCCAUCCAUAUUUCACAUUAUCACGGCAAACGUGCGCCUCCGGCGGUGACAUGUUAACCACAUCCGAUGGCUUACAUUGCAAUUCAAAGAAUUCUAGUUACCAAAAUUUAAGUUUCAAAAGUGAUCAGUCGGAGGAACAAUUCGAAGAUGCCAUACAAAAUGUUGAUGCGCAAGCUAUUAAGGCAACACCUAGCGAUUUGAGCAAUUCCAUAGAUAUGAGGCCCUCAUACCAUGCCACCGUCAAGCGUAAAUCAAAACAUUGUGAGGUUGGUUCGAAAUUGAAAGCUGAACUAUCCAAGUACAAGAAGGAACUAAAGGAGUACAACAACACCACCAAAGAUUUGGAAGAGAAGUAUAUGAAGAUAAAUUUUGAAUUGAAUGAAAUGCAGCAGAAGCACGAUCGUUUUGUGGCCAAUCGCAAGUGCUCCAAAGGCACGGACGCUUAUUCGGACAGCAGCAGCAGCACUGGAUCCGAGUUUUCAUUGAAGCGCAAGUACACACAAAUAUUCCAUCGCGGUAGCAGUUUUAUGACCAUGCUGCCACCUGGUUGCACCACCUCAAAUGAGAAUUUGGAAACUGAAUAUCAUAUGCCGGAACAGGAUGUGUCGAUCGGUCGUAGGAAACGCAAACUCUCAUCGACAUCCGAAUACUCAAACUUACGACAACAAAAUGGCCAAAUGUCACAGAAACGUCACAGUAAACGCAAGUCCGAGAACAAAGAGAACGAGCUGCCACACGAUGUGGACAAGUUCAAUACACGCGGACAUGCGGCCGGUCUAAAAGACAUCUAUAAAGUGCUUAAGAAUGUAUUAGAUAACAAUCAAAAAACGCAUGGUCUGAGUAAGACUGCAGAUCUAAAGGAGCUACAGUCGAUUAUUUCGAACCUACAGUGUGAGCAGUCACAAUUCCGUAACAUUAUUCAACAGCAGCAAAACUGCUUACAGGACUACCAUACGCGUUGUAUCAAGGCGCAGCAUAUAAUGCAAACCCAGCAAAUAGAAAUCGAGAAGCUCAACUCAAACAACCACCAACUCGAAACCGAAAUCAGCACUGGCAUCGAUCAGCUGCGUCAGAAGAUCGACUCCAAGUUGCGCGACGUAUCGCACUUGCCACAAAUAGUGCGCGAGGAGCAGUCCAAAUACGAGAAGGUGCACAAAGAGAACAACAUGCUCACAGAGCGGGUGCGUAACCUGCAGAGCGAGGCGAAUCAGUUGAAAUUGAAAAUGGAUGAGCUGGCACGUCGUAAGGUGAUGACUAUUAAUCGGCUCAAAGCGGCCGAGCGUGACUUGAAAAUCUUCAAGAAUUACAACACAUCCUUGAAACAUGAGAAACGUAAACUGGCUGAGGAGAUGCAGAAGCUGAAGGAGCAAUUGGAUAGUGUGCAGAAUGCCAGCAAGCGUACCAUGGCGCGCCAGCGUGAGCAAACGGAGAAGCAACGACGUGACUUGCAGAAACGUGUCUUCGAGCUUGAAUUGAAGCUGAGUCGUAGUCAAAAUUCAACGACGAGCUUGAUUCAAGAGCGAGACAGUUUAAUUGCCGAGUUACAAACACAGCUGAAUACGCUGGUGCACAACUUCGAAGUAUCGCAGAAACACAUUCGCGUGCUGCGACGGCAUAUCUACUCCAUGUCCGGCGGCAAUGUGCGUUGUCCGAAUUUGUUGAGUGAGAAUAUGUAAGAUGUUAACUGUAUAGGUGAACAGUGCAACAUUUCCAAUAUUUCGCGUCUAUCCGUUAACCAAAAUCUAAACGAUCUAUAUUGCUGCUUUGGCUUACAGCGAGUUCCUUGUACGUACAAGCGCAGUGCAGCUUUUGAUGACGAUCGCUCAAAGCUUUUUGGAACAUAUAGUGCCCGACAGCGCUUCGCUAAUGUCUUUCACUAUGUGCUUCACCCUGUUGUUGGCAAUCGUUGGAGAACAGAAACCUUUUGGGUAACGCGAAUAAUUGCUUCGUUUGAUAGCGUAGGUAUACUGUUUUAAAUUUAUAGUAAAGUCAGAACAUAGCAAGGGAAAUUUUCUUUUUUGUAUGUAAAUUUUUAAUAAAUUUUUAAAAAAUAAUGUUCAAAAUUUGUAUUUUUCGCUUCGUGCACAUUUUGUAAAAUACGCUUUAAAAUAAGUAAUGGAACGAGUCAGUCGUAAUCUCUUCAGUCUUAUAUGAAAUAAAAGUCAGUUACUGCUUUUUACACCCUUUA